AUGAGCAAGAUGAAGGCGAAGGACUCGAGGGCGCCUUCCUCUGCCAGGGACGGCUCGGUCCGGCUGCAGGGCCGCCCAGAGCGGGAUCCCUUCCGCGGGAGGGCGGAGGCCGUGGACAUCUCCCUGCAUGGGCUGCUCUACCCCAAAAGCAGCGAGGAGGAGGAGGAGGAGGAGGAAGAGCAGCAGAGGCUCCCAGAGGGGGAGGAGAGGGGCCCCUCCUCGCAGCGGGAAGACAGCGGCUCCCCGCCGGAUAGGGACGCGCUGGACAGCGUCCUAGACACUUUCUUGGCUCCCCCGGCCCACGCCAGCUCGGCCAGCGCCCCCGCGGCUUGGUGCCUCUUCGGGGCCGAGAUCCCCGAGCUCCCCGGCGCGCUGAUGAGCCGCUGCUCCGAGCACCAGCGCGGAGAAACAGCCGCCGCCCACCAAGACAGCCCGGCUGCAAACUCGGGCUCCGUGCCGCCUCCGGCCCCGGCCGCCUCCCUGUGGCCGGGCGGGGCGCCCCCGGCUGCCGCCGCGAUGCUGCCGCCCCAACGGGAGGGCGAGGGAAGCGCAGAGAGCGCGGGUGGGCCGCGCAGUGCCCCCGCGGCACUCUCCGAGGAAGAUCACGGCUUUGCCUCCGGGGACCCAGCUGAGCAGGACGCCGGGUCCGGGAGCAGCCUUGCUCUUGCCCCUGCCUAUGCCGCUGCCCCUGGGCGCUCUGCGGCGGCAGCAGGGUCCGGGCAGGAUUUCCUCCAUGUGCCCAUCCUGCCCCUUAACUCGGCCUAUCUGGCAGCCAGGACCCGGCAGCUGCUCGAUGUGGAGGAAUACGAGAGCAGCCUCUUUGGCCGUCGUGCGUCUCCCACCUCCACCCCCCAUGACUUCGCGGACUAUGUCUAUCCCCAGCCCGACUCAAAGGAGGAGCAUUAUAGCUACGGGGACUUCCAGCCUGCUCUAAAGAUCAAGGAGGAAGGAAUUAGUGCCAGCACCCCCUACUUGGGCACCAAGACCACUCCAGCAGUAACGUGCACAGACUACACGCUGGCCCCUCCGCAGCCGAGAGCCAGCCAGGAGUCCUCCUCUCUCGAGUGUAUCCUGUACAAAACUGAGUCUUCAGUUCUGCCUGGGCCCUAUGGGCCGCCGCACUGUAAAGCAUCGGGGAGCUCAAGCUGUAUGGUUCAGCGGGACAGUCUGCCCUCCACAUCAACAGCCCCUCAAGCCUUUUACCAGCCUCUCAACCUGAACGGCCACCAGCAACUUGGCUUUCAGACAGCCGUGCUCAAAGAGAGUUUACCCCAGUUAUAUCCUCCCUAUAUCAAUUAUAUUAGGCCAGAUACUGAAGUUGGUCAGAGUCCUCAAUACAGUUUUGAAUCAUUACCUCAGAAGAUUUGUCUGAUCUGUGGUGAUGAGGCUUCUGGUUGCCACUAUGGAGUACUUACCUGUGGAAGCUGUAAAGUCUUCUUUAAGAGAGCAAUGGAAGGGCAGCAUAACUAUUUAUGUGCUGGAAGGAAUGACUGCAUAGUUGAUAAAAUUCGUAGGAAGAACUGUCCAGCAUGUCGAUUGAGAAAGUGCUGUCAAGCCGGCAUGGUCCUUGGAGGUCGAAAGUUUAAAAAGUUUAACAAAGUGAAAGUUGUGAGGACACUAGAUAUUGUUGCACUCCAGCAGCCAGUGGCCCUUCCAGAUGAAAGCCAAGCUCUAACCCAGAGGAUAUCCUUUUCACCAAAUCAAGAAGUACAGUUUAUUCCCCCACUGAUCAGCAUUUUACAGGGCAUUGAGCCGGAAGUGGUCUAUGCAGGUUAUGACAACACACAACCUGAAACCCCAAGUGCUUUGCUGACCAGUUUGAAUCAAUUAUGUGAGAGGCAACUCCUUUGUGUAGUCAAAUGGUCUAAAUCACUACCAGGAUUCCGGAAUUUACAUAUUGAUGAUCAGAUAACCCUUAUCCAGUAUUCUUGGAUGAGUCUAAUGGUGUUUGCUAUGGGAUGGAGGUCAUAUAAGCAUGUCAGUGGUCAGAUGCUAUACUUUGCACCUGAUCUGAUACUAAAUGAACAGAGGAUGAAAGAAUCAUCGUUUUAUUCAUUAUGCCUAUCCAUGUGGCAGAUCCCACAGGAAUUUGUCAAACUACAAGUUAGUCAAGAGGAGUUCCUCUGUAUGAAAUCAUUAUUACUGCUCAAUACAAUUCCUUUGGAAGGUCUGAGAAGUCAAAGCCAGUUCGAUGAGAUGAGAGCAAGUUAUAUUAGAGAACUGGUCAAGGCAAUUGGUUUGCGGCAGAAAGGAGUUGUGGCCAGCUCACAACGUUUCUAUCAGCUUACAAAACUUAUGGACUCCAUGCAUGAUCUAGUGAAACAACUCCACCUGUUCUGUCUGAACACAUUUCUCCAGUCCCGGGCACUGAGUGUCGAAUUCCCGGAAAUGAUGUCAGAAGUGAUUGCUGCCCAGCUACCCAAGAUUCUGGCAGGGAUGGUGAAACCUCUCCUCUUUCACAAAAAGUGA